UCUAUAUAUACGUACACGAUGAUGAUUGCAUCGAAGCCAAUUCAUCUGAGAGGCGGCCCUUCGUGCAGCAUGAUGAGUCAGAUCAAGAUGGUCUCCCAAUUGAAGCUCUCUCGCAAUGCAAACAUGGAAAAGCUCCGAAAUGGAUAUCUGUUUCCCGAGAUUGGCAUGAGGCAACAGGAGCACUUGGAGAAGUAUCCAGAUGCCAAGAUCAUUAGCUUGGGGAUUGGUGAUACCACUGAGCCUAUACCAAACAUUAUAACAUCCGCAAUGGCUGAGUACUCGCAUGCACUCUCCACUCGGGAAGGCUAUCGAGGUUACGGCGCAGAGCAAGGAAACAAGACACUGCGCAAGACGAUUGCUGCAACGAUAUACGGAGACAUGGGCAUAGAAGACACCGAGGUCUUCAUCUCGGACGGUGCACAAUGUGACAUCUCUCGCGUGCAGCUGUUGCUCGGAUCCGACGUGACGAUUGCCGUGCAAGACCCGACCUUUCCGGCGUACGUUGAUUCAGGCAUCAUAAUGGGCCAAACCGGAGACUACGUCGCCGGCAGCAGCAAGUACGGGGGAAUCGAGUACAUGAAAUGUGGACCGGAGAACCUAUUCUUCCCGGACUUCUCCCGCAUUCCGAGGACGGACGUCAUCUUCUUCUGCUCGCCGAACAACCCGACAGGUCAUGCUGCAUCCAGGGAGCAACUAGUGCAGCUGGUUGAGACUGCACAUAGGAAUGGAUCUCUCAUCGUCUACGAUUCUGCGUACGCUGCAUACAUAUCGGAUGACAGCCCCAGAUCGAUCUACGAGAUCCCCGGAGCUAAAGAGGUCGCCAUAGAGAUCUCCUCCUUCUCCAAGUCCGCGGGGUUCACCGGCGUCCGCCUCGGGUGGACCGUCGUCCCCCAUGAGCUCUCGUACUCCGACGGGUUCCCCGUCCAUAAGGACUUCGAUCGCAUCAUCUGCACCUGCUUCAAUGGUGCGUCCAGCAUCGCCCAGAUCGGUGGACUCGCGUGUUUGUCCGAAGAAGGUCGCAAGGCUAUGAGCAAGGUGAUCGACGUGUACAAGCAGAACGCAAGAACACUGGCGGAGACGUUUGGCUCGAUGGGUCUCGAGGCGUACGGCGGCAGCAACUCACCCUACGUGUGGGUGCGCUUCCCGGGUCGCCGGUCAUGGGAUGUGUUCACCGAGAUCCUGGAGAAGACGCACGUCAUCACUGUACCGGGAUGUGGGUUUGGGCCGGGAGGCGAAGGCUUCAUCAGAGUGAGCUCGUUCAACAGCGAGGAAUGCGUUCGAGAGGCAUGUCAAAGACUGACAAGGCUUCUCGGCUGAGAUGUGCUCCUCCAUAUUCUUUGACUGGCACUCGAAUCAUCUUCUGGUGUUUUGCCGGGAACAUCUGCCAUCGACUGUUUCUGUAGUUGUCCGAGGACAUCCGAAUCCGAGCAUGAAAGAUUAAUAUUGGGCUAUCCAUUUA